AUGUCGACCCUGCCCCAGGAAGUGAUUGACUACAUUAUUUGCCACCUUCAUGACGACCUCCAGUCGUGCAAAGCAUGCCUGCAGGCUCACCGAUGCAUGCAGGAUGCCGCAUAUACUCAGGUUUUUCGCACAAUCCCUAUUGUCCAACCAGCAACCAUCCUCGACAACUCUGGCACCUACAUCGUCAGGCGGUUCCGUCGGUUCUAUGACCUCCUCAAGGCAUCGCCUCACAUCGCUUUGUACGUGCGCAAGCUCAUCCUGUGGGAGGAGGCGACCCAGCUCCAGCGACGCCAAUAUAGGCGAGGUUGGAUGCAUACCGAGCAGGACCUGGCGCGCCUGCUAGUUUCUCUACCCAGGCUCCAAGCACUCCAUCUUGACGGCCACAAUGACUACCUGUCGUGGCAGGACAUGACGGACGCCGUGAAGCAGGGCAUCACCACAGUCCUGCUACUCCCCACUCUACGCUCUGUCGUUGUCCAGCGGUUCAACGACUUUCCUAUCUCCACCGUCUUAUCAUCCCGGUCCUUGACAUAUCUCGGCGUGUUGCACUGCGACGGUCUCUUUCUCGAUCGAGACCCAACGACGACGCCCGUUGAAGAACUCCUUUUACACGACAUUUCCAUGACCUUGCUGAGAUGGUUAUCCUCCCCUACAGCCUCCGGCUGCCUCUCCUCCCUCACCAGCCUCACGCUAUGGCCGUCGAAAGAACAAAACAUUUCCUUUCCUCUUCACCUCCAUCGCGUUUCCGACGACAUCCUCAGCGCCGCUCCGAACCUCGUCAACCUCGUGUUCGCUCCCAUCGCAUACCAAGCGCGAUACAAUCCCAGCAAUGACUCCAUCAUUCACCUCACGAACAACCACAAACUCGAGACCUUUGAACUCUGCAUGGACAUCAAGUUUGUCGGGAACACACGUUCGGAUUUUGUCGCCUGGGCUGCGAUGACCAUCAAUACCAUCCCCUCUGAGGCUCCUCUGAGGUCCAUCGUCCUACGGGGCGACGCUGCGAAAAGGGUAGAGCACCAACCUGUCAUCAGUUGUGGGUGGGAGCAGUUUGACGAUGCAGCCAUCAGAGCAACGUCAAAGGUAGUUAUCAGCCUGGAAGGCAUCGCGGCGUUUGCCCAAGAAGAGGUCGCAUCUUCAUUGCAGGUCCCGAGGCUGCGCGAGAAGGGGAUUUUGGAGAUUAUGAUGGGAUCCGUUAACAAGUCCGUAGGGAAAGGAUUUUGGAAUUCUAAUGAUCCGUUUCGAGCAAAUGAGCAGAACGUAUACAGGUCGGGUGGCCUGUAG